AUGGAGCGGGCUAAGGAGCAAUAUGUUGAGCCUGCACAUGAUGAUAUUGAUGAUGCUGAUGAUGUUGAGCCUGAGCAGGAUCAACAGCUCGAAUUCUCUAGAGGACCAAUCGUGACAUAUGUGUUGACACAAUAUAAACACCAUGUGGCUCAUAGGCUAUGGGAAAGAGAGGUUAUUACUCAUGGAUUAAAGCUGAAGAAGUUUGCUCAAGUUCCUAUGUCAUAUCAUGUACAUCAUUGGAUUCGGAAAUCUGGGCUGCUACAUCUGUCUUCAGCUUACCUCACUAUGGUUGAUGCUGAUCUGAUAUAUGCAUUUGUUGGAAGGUGGCAUAGAGAGGCCAACUCAUUUCAUUUGUCAUUUGGAGAGAUGGCAAUCACGUUGGACGACGUCGUGACUCUUCUUCACAUCUCACCUCAUGGUAAAUUUUUUGACGCACCUGUGAAUAUCAACAGUAAUAAUGCUGCAAGAGCUGCACACAAGUACUUAGGUGCAACAUGGGAGGAAGCACUAUGCUGGAUUUACGAGCACCUCCCUAGCAUCUGUAAGCGGAACGAUAGAGGAACGGUUCCUGCACAUCUUCCAAGAGCAUGUAGAUGGACUGCAACACAUGUUGUUGAAGGCGGAUUGAUGACUUAUCAUCGGAGACUUGUUGCUUUGUUGCUCGAGGAUGUAGUGUUUACACCAUAUGAUGAUGAUCAAGCUAACCAUUCGUUUGUAUCGAUUUCGAUGUUCUCCGAAUACCUUCGAUGUGGUGGAGUCUCAGUCCUAUAUCUGUUGGAGCGAUGUCUUCGAUAG